AUGGUCGUGAAGCCAGCCGGGAACAAUGGGUGCCUCGCACACCGUGAGUGCAGUAGUCAAAGAGGUGAUUGGCAGCACGAGUGGGAUACGACGCCAGUAGGAAGGACGAAAGAGGCCGACAUGAGUGUGCUGGCUAGUGGCCAGGCUCAUGGGAGCCGAAACGAAGGACGGAAGAGGCCGACCACAGGACCUGACACGUGUGUGGCGGAAGACGCACUUUGGAGACGGAAGAGGGAACGAGGACCGGCAGACGAAGGCCGUCCGAGUCACCGAAACGGAAGAGCGAGCGAGCAGGGAGGGGCGGAGGCCGACCAGCUAGCAAGCGAACUACAGCCAGCGGAGCACGUGCCGACCGCGCGGACAGCGCCGACGAGAGGAGGGCGUAACAAGGGGCGGAGAGGCACCUGA